CUACAGUUACGAAUCAAUGGUUCCUUCCUGCUGUAAGGGGAGAUAUCCCUCCAGGCUGUGCCGCACACGGAUUUGUUUGUGAUGGUACCAGAAUACUAGUUUUUGGAGGAAUGGUUGAAUAUGGAAGAUACAGCAAUGAUUUGUAUGAAUUGCAGGCAAGUCGAUGGCUCUGGAAAAAAGUCAAACCUCAAGCUCCUUCCAAUGGAUCACCACCCUGUCCUCGGCUUGGCCACAGCUUCUCUCUGUAUGGGAACAAGUGCUAUUUAUUUGGUGGCCUGGCAAAUGAAAGUGAAGAUUCAAACAAUAAUGUUCCCAGAUAUUUAAAUGAUUUCUAUGAACUGGAGCUGCAACAUGGUUCUGGCGUCGUUGGCUGGAGUAUCCCUGUGACCAAAGGAAUCUUGCCAUCUCCCCGGGAAUCUCACACAGCCAUUGUGUACUGCAGAAAGGAUGUGGGAAGUCCGAAGAUAUAUAUUUUUGGAGGGAUGUGUGGCUGUCGGCUUAAUGAUCUUUGGGAGUUGGACAUAGAAACCAUGACCUGGUCAAGACCAGAAACUAAAGGGACAGUACCACUUCCUCGCAGUCUCCAUACGGCCAAUGUAAUAGGAAACAAAAUGUAUGUCUUCGGUGGAUGGGUUCCACAGUCAUCAGAAGGGGAAAUCUCUGCUCAUGAUGGGGAAUGGAAGUGUACUGGGUCAUUUUCCUACCUUAAUUUGGAUACCACAGAAUGGAUAGGUCUGAUCCCAGACUGCCAGGAGGACAAAAGCAACUUGUUACCGGGGCCCAGAGCAGGACACUGUGCUGUAGCCGUUGGCACUCGGCUCUAUAUCUGGAGUGGUAGAGAUGGUUACAGAAAAGCUUGGAACAAUCAAGUUUGCUGCAAAGAUCUUUGGUAUCUUGAUACUGAGAAACCUCUAGCACCAUCGCAGGUACAACUGAUCAGAGCUACAACAAACUCCUUUCAGUUGAAAUGGGAUGAAGUACCUACAGUUGAGGGAUAUCUCCUUCAGUUACACGCUGACUCACCAGUGGCACCCGUGGCUGGAAUUCCUGAGACAUCAUGAUUGGAAUUUGCUUUUGUUUCCCUGCAAGGUGGCACAUCCCUGCAUCAAAGUCCACAGUCAUUGCCCAGCAUCCCUUAUCCAGAAAUGAAGGUGGAUCGUCCCAGCCAAGCAAAUAAUCUUGCUCCUAAUAAUGUCCAAGUUUCCCUUUCAUCCAACUCGUUACUGAAAGAAGGAAAAGAAAAGGUUGCAGCACCUGACAACAAGAUUACACAGGAAACUGUGAAAAACAGUACAGAUGCUACAGGAUUCAAAGAAUCAAAUGCCCCUUCUGUUCUGCCUGUUUGUACUUCAAGUGCUCAGACAUCAGCAAAUGUAGGUGAAUUACAUGAGUUGGACAAACAAACUGUAAAUCCUGAUGCCUCUGUAUCCGGUACUGUCUCCAGCACACAAACUAUGGUAACCCAGCAGGCUGUUAAAACUGAAUCAUCAAGUACAAAUGGGGCAGUUGUUAAAGAUGAAACUUCACUAACAACAUUCAAUUCAAAAGCUGAAGCUGCUGAAACUGCUUAUAUCAUGCCUUCGGCAAAGGGCAGUACUGGACAGAGCAAUGAGUCACACUCCUCUAAAGCUCCUCAGCGAGCGAAGCCGCGGGACCGGCAGUGGUAUGAUGUUGGGAUUUUCAAGAACAACAGUGCUGUGGUGAGCCAGUUCUACCUGCUGUCAGAGGAAACACUGAACAACAAGACGGAAGGGGAAGAUGUACCAGAUUACAGAUUGCUUAAGAAGCAGGAUCUGUUUCCAGGCACAGUGUAUAGGUUCAGAGUUGCUGCAAUUAAUGGCUGUGGUGUAGGGCCUUUCAGUAAGAUCAGUGAAUUCAAGACUUGCAUUCCAGGUUUUCCUGGAGCUCCUUCAACAGUCAAAAUAACCAAGAGUGUAGACUGUAUUCAUCUUUCUUGGGAGCCUCCUUCUUCACCCUCUGGAAACAUUCUAGAGUAUUCUGCAUACUUAGCAAUCCGUUCCACACAGCUGCAGGAAAAUCCAAGUCAGCUUGUGUUUAUGAGAAUAUACUGUGGUCUCAAAACAUCAUGCAUAGUGACUGCUGCCCAGCUUUCAAAUGCUCAUGUGGAUUACUCUUCCCGACCUGCCAUAGUGUUCCGAAUCUCUGCGAAGAACGAGAGAGGCUAUGGACCAGCCACACAGGUUCGGUGGCUCCAAGAUCUGAAAACAUCAGGCUCCAAGUAGGAACAGCAUAAUAAAUCUCCAGUUUCGAAUGUAGUGUUUAAUGUAACUCUUGUACUAUUUGUAAAUGCUACAAAUCUUUUAUUUUUGCAUUGUUUUUAUCUUAAAAAUAUCUAACCUUUGUGACGUUCGACACGUCAGCGUCACACAGCCUUGCUCAGGUGUGAGUACCACGGGGAGACUGUGCUGAAGGUGGUGGAUGGAGCAUCACACUCUAUCCAGCAGCUCUUUUUGUGGUGGUGAUAGUU